UUUGCACUGCUGUUAUCAAACACACGAUUGUUUUCUUAAAAUAUUUAUUAAAAUGAUAUAGUAAAUGCGAAAUGCUUACACUUCACAUUAAUUAAUGCCUACGUUUGUCCUAGCUUUCCUUUUUUAUUUAUAAUAAUUAGCCGUUGCCAGCUAAUAAGAGUAUCUAGCUAGCUACAGAAUAAAGCGCAGUCUCUGCGCAAUUAAUGUUAGCUUGAGUAAUCAUGUCUCCUGCUUUUUUUUAUUGCUUUGCUCAACAUUAGGUCGUUAUUUUCUUCCAACGUGAUUUGAUAGAUUUCGGUUGAAUUGCAGCGGCUAGGCUAACAUCCUGGUCGAAUCCGGGGCGAUUGGUUAAAAAAACCCCGGAAGUGUGGGAAUUCUUGAUGCUGAUUGGCUGUCAGGGCGGCCACGCUGAGGCUCGGGAUUGGCUUAAGCUCGAGACGCCUGUUCUUCCGUGAAAGCGAAAAUAUCAAUGCUAUAAGAUGUGGAUGCUUUGGCCAUUUCUGGUGGCUCUGCACUUUGUGUCAUGCGUAGACGGCGACUCGAAGGCUGUGACCACGACGCUUACCACCAAAUGGUCCUCUACACCAUUGCUCCUGGAGGCCAGUGAGUUUCUUGCCGAGGAAAGCCAGGAUAAGUUCUGGGACUUCGUGGAGGCUAACCAAGAUAUCGAAAAUGACCAUGACGGCACAGAUCUGUCCUAUUACGAGCUGAUCUUGAAGCGAGCCGGGCAACUCUUGAGUCCAGUGCAGUUGAAGCUGCUGAAGUUUGCGCUCUCGCUACGUUCCUACUCGUCCACUGUUUUUUCCUUCCAGCAGAUAGCGUCGAACGAACCUCCUCCACCAGGCUGCAAGGCGUUUUUCAACGUCCAUGGAGAGAAAUCAUGCGAUCUAGACCGCCUGAAGAACCUGAUCGACGUUGCUUCGGAGAAGACAAAGCCUUUCCUGUUCAAAGGUGAUCACAGGUUUUCCUCGGCUGACCCGGACGCUCCUGUUGUCAUCCUCUAUGCCGAGGUGGGAACCAAAGAGUUUGCUAGGUUCCACCAGCACAUGCUGGCCAAAGCCAACAAGGGCCUGAUUAACUACAUCCUGCGCCAUUAUCUCUCAAAACCCAGCGAUAAUAAAGUUUUCCUGUCCGGAUACGGCGUCGAGUUGGCCAUCAAAAACCAGGAGUACAAAGCCAAAGACGACACACAAGUUCAAGGUGAUGAUGCGAACGCCACAAUGAUCGGCCAAAACGACCCCGUGGACGAAGUGCAGGGCUUCCUGUUUGGCAAACUCAAAACAAUCCACCCAGAGUUGAAGGAACAGCUGAAGGAACUUCGUAAACACCUGGUCGAGAGUACGAACGAGAUGGCACCGCUCAAAGUCUGGCAGAUGCAAGAUCUCAGCUUCCAGACGGCAGCGCGUAUCCUGGCAGCCCCUCCUGUAGAUGCUCUUAAUGUAAUGAAAGACCUGAGCCAGAAUUUUCCUACGAAAGCGAGGUCCUUAACCAAAACGGCGGUAAGCUCGGCGAUUCGUAAGGAGAUUGAAGAGAAUCAGAAGUACUUUAAGGGCUCAUUGGGACUGCAGCCAGGAGAUUCAGCUCUCUUCAUUAACGGACUCCACAUUGACCUGGAUGUGCAGGACAUCUUCAGUGUGUUUGAUGUGCUGAGGAGUGAAGCUCGUGUCAUGGAGGGCCUCCGUAGCCUCCUCAUCGACUCGUCCUUCAUUCACGACAUCCUCAAACUCAACGUUCAGCCAUCCGACUCCGAUUACGCCGUGGACAUCCGCAGUCCUGCUGUCUAUUGGAUCAAUAAUCUGGAGACGGAUGGCAGGUACUCCUCGUGGCCCUCAACUGUGCAGGAGCUUCUGCGUCCCACUUUCCCAGGAGUCAUCAGACAGAUUCGCAAGAAUUUCCACAACCUGGUAAUGAUCUUGGACCCCACUCAUGAGAGCACAGCAGAACUAUUGAGUGUCGCAGAGAUGUUCUAUGCCAACAACAUCCCCCUCAGGAUAGGACUGGUGUUUGUGGUGAACGUUGAGGACGACGUCGACGGCAUGCAGGACGCCGGAGUCGCAAUGCUACGAGCUUUCAACUAUGUCGCAGAAGAAGUGGACAAUCAGAUGGCCUUUGACGCCAUCGUGUCAAUGCUGAACCGUGUGCCCAGUGGAGGGAAGCUGAAGGUGGAGGAUGUGGUGGCUGUUCUGAAGAAACGUUAUCCCUAUGUGGAAAUAAGCAGCAUUCUCGGUGCAGAUUCGGUCUACGAUAACAAUCGCAAGGAAGGGAAGGCGUAUCAUGAGCAGACGGGAGUGGGUCCUCUACCCGUGGUUCUGUAUAACGGCAUGCCUCUGCAGCGCGAGCAGCUCGACCCCGACGAGCUCGAGACCACCGUCAUGCACAAGAUCCUGGACACCACCAGUUUUUUCCAGCGCGCCGUCUAUUUGGGUGAGCUUUCAAGCGACCACGACGUAGUAGAAUACAUCAUGAACCAGCCGAACGUGGUGCCACGCAUCAACUCUCGCAUCCUGUCCACCACCAGGAGCUACCUGGAUCUCUCCAGCACCAAUAACCAUUUUAUCGACGAUUAUGCCCGAUUCCUCUUCCUGGACAUGAAAGAGAAGAACACGGCCAUGGCUAACAGCAUGAACUACAUGACGAAGAAAGACGAUGGCGUGAUCCGUCCUGUGACGUUUUGGGUGGUCGGAGAUUUCGACCAGCCGGCAGGCAGACAGCUGCUGUACGACGCCAUCAGACACACGAAAACCAGUAAUAACGUGCGCUUGGGCAUGAUCGAUAACCCAACGGACAGUCCCACGAACGCAACCACGCUGAUUGCCCGGGCCAUCUGGGCGGCCAUGCAGACUCAAACGGCCAACAACGCCAAGAACUUCAUUACCAAAAUGGUCAAAGAGGAGACGGCGGAUGCACUGUAUUCCGGGGCUAACAUCGCUGACUUUGCAGUCGGGGGCAUGGACAUACCUCUUUUCAAGGAGGCGUAUGAGUCUCCUAAAGCGGACGUCCUCUUGGCCCAGGCCGCUUACUGCCGCGAUGCCCUGAAGCUGCGUAAAGGCCAGAGGGCCGUCAUCAGUAAUGGACGGGUUAUCGGGCCGCUCGAGGAGGGCGAGGUCUUUAACCAGGACGACUUCCUGCUUCUGGAGAGCAUCAUAAUGAAAACAUCCGGAGAGCGAAUCAAGAACAAAAUCCAGCAGAUGGCCGUCGAGGAAGACCGAGCGAGUGAUUUGGUCAUGAAGGUGGAUGCACUGCUGUCAUCGCAGCCCAAAGGCGAGGCUCGGGUUGAGCACGGCUUCACAAACGACAGACACAGUGCUGUAAAAAUCCGCCCCAAGGAGGAGGAAGUGUACUUCGACAUCGUGGCCGUGGUGGAUCCCGUCACCAGGGAUGCUCAGAAACUGGCUCCUCUUCUUUUGGUCCUGAAACAGCUGGUCAACGUUAACCUGCGAGUCUUCAUGAACUGCCAGUCCAAGCUCUCAGACAUGCCACUUAAAAGUUUCUACCGAUACGUGUUGGAGCCCGAGGUGACCUUCAUGGCCGAUAACCGCUUGGCUCUGGGCCCGAUGGCUAAGUUCCUGGACAUGCCCCAGUCUCCACUGUUCACUCUGAACCUGAACACGCCCGAGAGCUGGAUGGUAGAGUCUGUGCGAACACGUCACGACCUGGACAACAUCUACCUACAGGAGGUGGACAGCGUUGUAGCUGCAGAGUACGAGCUGGAGCAUCUUCUGCUCGAAGGGCACUGUUUCGACGUGAGCACUGGACAGCCCCCUCGUGGGCUGCAGUUCACCCUAGGCACGGCUUCAGACCCCGUGAUAGUCGACACCAUCGUCAUGGCCAACCUGGGCUACUUCCAGCUCAAAGCCAACCCAGGAGCCUGGAUCCUGAGGCUGAGAAAAGGAAGAUCAGACGAUAUCUACAAGAUCUACAGUCAUGACGGUACGGACUCUCCGGCCGACGCCGAGGAUUUAAUAGUCGUGCUGAACAACUUCAAGAGCAAGAUCAUUAAAGUGAAGGUGCAGAAAAAGCCCGACAUGAUGAACGAGGAGCUCCUCAGCGACGGCAGCAGUGAGAACGACUCCGGAUUCUGGCAGUCCCUAACCAGAGGAUUCACCGGUACCCAGAAAGUGGAGGAAACCAAGCAGGAGAAAGACGACGUCAUCAAUAUUUUCUCUGUGGCCUCGGGACACUUGUACGAGAGGUUCCUGAGAAUCAUGAUGAUGUCUGUGCUGAAACACACCAAGACGCCGGUGAAGUUCUGGUUUCUGAAGAACUAUCUGUCUCCAACCUUUAAGGAAUUUAUCCCCUUCAUGGCGCAGGAAUAUGGGUUUCAGUAUGAGUUGGUGCAGUAUAAGUGGCCUCGCUGGCUCCAUCAGCAAACCGAGAAACAGCGAAUCAUCUGGGGCUACAAGAUCCUCUUCCUGGACGUCCUCUUCCCGCUCGCCGUGGACAAAAUCCUCUUCGUCGAUGCUGACCAGAUUGUACGCACGGAUCUAAAGGAGCUGCGCGACUUGGACCUGGAGGGGGCGCCGUAUGGUUACACGCCGUUCUGUGAAAGCCGCACAGAGAUGGACGGAUACCGCUUCUGGAAGUCCGGCUACUGGGCCAGCCACCUGGGACCCCGCAAGUACCACAUCAGUGCACUGUACGUGGUGGAUCUGAAGAAGUUCAGGAAGAUCGCUGCAGGAGACCGACUGCGAGGACAGUACCAAGGACUGAGCCAGGAUCCUAACAGUCUGUCCAACCUUGAUCAGGAUCUGCCGAACAACAUGAUCCAUCAAGUGCCCAUCAAGUCUCUGCCGCAGGAGUGGCUGUGGUGUGAGACAUGGUGCGACGACGCCUCCAAAGCCAAGGCCAAGACUAUUGACCUGUGCAACAACCCACAGACCAAAGAGCCGAAACUCCAGGCGGCGGUCCGGAUCGUGGCUGAAUGGACCGAUUACGACCAGGAGAUCAAGAGGAUUUACAACAAGUUCCUAGAAGGACGAGAGAGAGGAGCUCACUCAGGGGAGAAGCACACGCUUUCUGAGGGAAAGACAGACGGAAAGAAGCAUACAGAGCUGUAGAAGGACUGCUUUCCGCACAGGGACGACUGACUCUGUUUAAAGAGUUGUCUUUUUUUCCCUUUUUUUUCUUUUUUUUUUUUCUUCUCAAUGUUCCUUUUAAACAAAAAAAAAGAAAGCCUAUUCUCCUGGAGCGGGGUCCACGUUGGCGCUGUGAAAACUUGAAUGAAAACGAUUCAACCCUCUCUCAUUUGUGUACGCGUGGGGCAUGCGGCAGUAUUUGGGAGGAAACAAGGCUUAGGGCAAAUCACGUAGGUCUGCUGUGUAAUUGUGGGGAAUCAUAUAUAUGUAUAUAUAUGUAUAUGAGGUGUAGACAUGGCUGUAUCAGAAGUGCUAUAACAAAUAUCAUUGCCUUUCCUGUGAGUCCGACCAGAACCUGCCCGUGUGUGUGUGUGUGCGUGUGUGCGUGUGUGCGUGUGUGUGUGCGUGUGUGCGUGCGUGCGUGUGUGCGUGCGUGUGUGCGUGCGUGUGUGCGUGCGUGUGUGCGUGCGUGUGUGCGUGCGUGUGUGCGUGCGUGUGUGCAUUCUGACUGCAGUACCUGCGAAGUCGAUGCUGUAAAGGUGAUUCAUCCGUCCAUCCGGUGUGUGAGAGAAAAUCACGACGUUAUCACUUUUCUUUCUUACAACUAUGUGCUGACGUGAAAGAACGGUAACGUGCGUUCAAUAGGAAACGCUAAUUUAUUCAACUGUCAUGCUGACAGAAAUACUCUCCGGUCGACGUCGAGCGUGCGCUCUAAACAGCCCUUUUAAAGUAUAAUAAUAAUAAUAAUAAGGGUUCAUACCAGAAAAGCAGUUUCGUCUCAAAUCUGAUUUUGAUUUAAGAAAUUCCCCCACAAGAUGAGCAGAACUUUUUUAUUUGGUCUCUUCCUUUUUCUCUGCCGUCGUUGUCUGACGUGCACCCGAGGUUUAUUUUAUUUUUCCCUCCUCCGCAUCUACUGUAUUGUUUUUAAGCAAUCCGAGAACACAAAGGACGUUCAGUUUGAUUUGUUGUUGGGAUAAUUUAGGAUUAAAUUGUGGAAUAUCGGUUAUUUUUUAAUAAAAGAGAUGUAAUAAAUUCGUGUUGGUUUUUUUUCCCCCUCCAAAUUGUAAGACAUGUGGGUGCCACACGGGGGCGCCAUGUAUCAACAAACGUUCACACGUCUGACUUUUUGUCAGUAACACACUAUAUGAAGGAACCCGACUCUGUACUGUUACCGAAAGACUUCCUUUUCAAAACCACACACAUCUAUAAACAGAAAUGUAACUACCUAAUCAGAUAAUUAUUUAUUUAUUUGUUUUUGUUUGUUUUAAAAAGGGUACUAACUGAACCUUUUCUAGUCACCUUUAACCUGGAACGGUGCAUAUGGUGUUCCUUUCAAGCUUUACACUGUAAUCACGGUCCAAUUUUGUACCUUUUGUUGUGUUUCCCUCACAUUUUCAGGUGAUUUUAAAAGGUACAAGCUCAGCCACAAUUAGAUUA